CGUCACCGAUCAAAGUUUAUGAAGAGUGAUCUAUGAGGCUCGUGUCCUUUGAUCAGGGGGUUUUAAGUUGGAUAGAUGACAGGGCACAAAACAAGCAUAUGAAUCUAAAAUGGCAGAGGAGCUCGAGAGUAAAAUACCGCUUCUGGCUGAAAAACAAAACCAAGCUUCUCCUUCAGAGACCACUCAAAAACGAACCUCGCUACUCGAGAGGGUUAGAACAACGAUAUUCCAGAAUCUAUUGCCAAUCAGCCUGGUUGUCUUCGUAAUAUUAGGAAUUUUGGUUCCACAACCUGGCGUUUUCUUCAGCAAACUACCGACCAAUUAUGUUUGUGUCAUAGGUAUAUUCCUUCAUAGUGGACUCAAACUUAAAACAGAAGAAGUGAAAGAUGCUUUGAAAUCUUUCAAGGCUAUGAUCUGGGGAGUCGUUUGUAUCUUGUUUAUUACACCAGUUAUUGGCGGUCAUCUUACAGCCUUGCUUCCUUACACUGAGACAAGCGAUCAGAGCGGAAAAAUCUCUACAAAUAGUUCUUUAUCUAAUGAGGAACACGCAGAGGGUAGUUCCAUACUUGGCCCAGCUUUAUUUCAGGUGGGAAUGCAGAUUUACUUCAUCGCUCCUUGUUCUAUUUCGUCGGGGAUUAUGUUGGUAAGUCGUUUUCGAAUACACUAAAUGAAAGGAGAUUGAAUUUAAGGUCGAAUAGGAAAUAUUUUCUCUCAAGAUUGGCUUGAUCUCUGUUUAGAUCAGAUCCUGCCACAUUAAAAUGUAUCAAACUGUAGAAUCGACUAAAGCACAAACUCAAAACAAGAUACGUAAUUUUAGAGAAAAAAAUGAUAAUUUCUCAAAGGUUUCAAAAUACAUGAUGAGCGCGUGAUUUGUCAACUGUUCUGUCUCUUGAUCGUUCAAAAAAGGGUCAUCACGCCACUGGUUGGCGUUUUCAGAGACAGCAACAUACAGCGCUUCACAACCCGAGUGGAAUACACAAAUAGAGAAAAUUUUUCUUGUCUGUUUUAUUUCUUAUAUCGUGAUGUGUAAGCAGUCAGCUGAUCAGUUCAGUUCGAGAGUUUUCCCGCCAAAAUUCCCAGAACUAGCGUGACUGUCCCUCGGAUCCAGUCUGUUUUCAUUGUCAAUUCCUUCGACCGUCCUCGAAAUCAGUGGGGAACCUAGCAUCCUUAAAUCCAAAAACGAUAAAAAUGUUUGGUCUAAUAUACAUGUUAAUCCCAAAUUAAAAUCAGUGAAAUUAAUUCAGGUGAGUUUGUUCGAACUAAAAACGAAAAAACAAACAAAUUGAUAACAACGCAUAUGUGACAAAAAAAUUUAUCUUGUUGGAUGUUUUAGUGCGUAGUAUCGCUGAGUAUUUUUACGAGUUGUGCCGUAUUUUGACGAGCCCGUGAGGAGAGUUAAAAUACAAACAACGUUAAACAGGUUAAACAGGUUAAACAGGUUUUUUAAGUACAAAAUAACCAACUGUCCAAAGAACCGUACAAUAUCAUAGGAUAUUUGUACUCUAUUUGUGCAUUAUUUGUACUCUACUUUGUGCAGUUGGAUAAUAAAUAACCUUUCUAGAAUUACGACCCGAUCACGCUCUUCAAGCUUGUAUCAGUAUUACAGGGAGUAGCCAUAAUUGACCGGAAUUAUUCCUGAGGGGCACAAGACAACAGAGAAUAUUAAGCAAAAUCCCCUCUCCCCCCCUAGGCGAGAUACUAGUUCAUUAAUUAGGGAUUACCCCGAGUGCUACAUAACGUUCCCUCACAUUUAAAAAAGUACCCAUGAAUUUAUCAUCUUUUAUGGAAAGAGGUGCUGUGAGAGUGAAAAGGCUUCAAUAAAAACAUAACAUGAUUAUCACAGCCAGAACUCAAACCCAGGCUAAUUAAUCUGAAUUCUAGUGAACUUUGGAUACUUCUUAUUUUGUUUUUGUUUUCUUUGAAACAACAGACAGCUCAAGCUGGGGGUGCCGUAGCAUUGUCUGUACUGCUCACAGUGUUUUGUAAUUUGGCAGCUGUAUUCACUGUGCCUCCUCUUGUGGCUUGGAUAAUAAAUUUUGAGAAUGUCCGACUGGAUCCUGUUAAACUUUUGAUUAAGUUGGUGCUGACUGUUCUUCUUCCAUUAUUGGUAUGUACAAUCAGAAUAAUUGUAAUUUGGUGUGAGGAGAAUAAGUAUCAAUAUACAUCAAAUACUAUUUUGACUCAUUCAAGAUUUUAAAGUUAAUUUAGUUGUUAUUUAUAUGUAUUGGAUGUUUAAAAAUUAGGCACUGCACACGAUAUCCUACUUCAUGGUUCUUAAAUCAAACAUUUACUCAGUCAUUUCAUCAUAUUGCCGUAAUGUUAAGAGAUUAUGACAAGGCAAGUUGUCCAGAGUAGGUUGAAGAAUGCCUUUUCAAUGUUCUGCUGAAUAAGUUUUUGUAAUAUUGAUUAUUUAACAUAUACCUAGUUCACUAUUUAUAAGUUUAUUAACCAGGGAGUGCACUUAAAUUAUAGCUUAGCUAAACUUAAUCUUUGAUGACAUGAAUCUUAUAGGUUGGCAAAGGACUGAGUUACGUAACACGCGUGAAGACAUUUGUCACAAAAUACUCCAACACACUGAAAGCCGUAAGCAUCAUACUGUUAGCAAUGAUUCCAUGGUUAAAGGUCAGCCAAGCAAGUGUUCAAAAAGCCUUCAGUAUGAUCUCUAUUUGGAGUAUUUUUGCUGUACUUGGAUGGGGCUUAGCAAUGCACUUACUCUUCAUUAUUGUUAUUCUUCUUCCAUGUUUUGCCUUGAAACUGGAAAAAUCUGCUUUGAAGUCAGUUGUCAUCCUGGCUAGUCAAAAAACUCUGGCCAUUGCCGUAACAAUAUGUGGUUAUCUUCCAUUUACACAAGCUGAGCAAGGCCUUAUAAGCUUGCCUCUAAUUAUUAUUCACAUUGGAAUCCUAGUGUCUGAUUCAGUGUGGGCAUCCUGGUGGUUUGCACGGGAUGCAAAAAAAGGAAAAGAGAAAAUUGAGAAAGCUGAAAAAAUUUUACGAAAUGAUAACACUGAUAAUUCAUUUCAAAUAUCACAUGAUCAUUCAUGAGGAAAUUAUGCUUGGCAUAGCAUGAUUGUGCGAAUUAGCUAACAUUAACGGGCCUCUCUGCAAGUAUAUAUAUUUUUGUAUACUUAUUAUUUUUAUCAUUUUUGUUAAUAAUUUCUUGUUCUUAUUUGGCCAAAGGUAAAUGGAUAACCAGGUUAAAGAAAUCAAAACUGGAUUUCCAUCUCCUUUAAUUACGUUUUCCUAAGGGUAAAUACAAGAUAUUAAUUUACAAAAUACUUUGAAAUCAUCAAGCUUUGUUUUACCGCCAAAACAGUCAAAUUGAAGAGAGCAUGAGCAUUUUCUGAACCUUUGAAAAUCGUUUUGAUCGAUGGUCACCAUGGAUCUUUGGUGUAGCGUAAAUAGAAAGUGAUUAUGUAAUGCACUAAAAAUCACGUGAACCGCUCGAGUUCAUUCUGUUGUGAAAAGUUUUCAGCAUUAUGUCGAGUUUUUGAACAAUAUUUGGAACCGGCCAGUACAGCUGAAUACGGUCUAGUCAACGAGCGUAUGCUUAGAUGUAGACCUUAAAAGUCCUCCUCGCACAAGCCCGGAUUGACGCGCAGUACGGUUUGAAUCAUCAGAAAGACUGCUAUAAAUAGACGAGGGCACAGCCACGAUUUUCCCAAGGGGGUAUCACACUGUGUCAAACAGAGAGUACUAACCAGUUUUCGCCACCUGAAUAUUGUAGCG